GUCUUUGUCGUCUUUGAUCAUCUUUGAUUAGAACGUAACGUCGCAUAAAAACACAUUGGUGUAGAUCAGUGGGCGCUUCACUAAAAUAAUGGCCAAGAAAUUACCAAGUGUCAUGAAGGCGGUAGGCCUUUAUAAAUAUUUACCAAUCUCCGAUGUGAAUAGUCUCGUCGAUUUACAAGUGAGUGUGCCGAGUGUAAAAAGAAACCAAGUGUUGGUUGAGGUUAAGGCCACAGCUGUGAACCCUAUCGACACAAAGUUACGAGCUCCCAAGCCAGAUGUUGAAGCAACACCACGAAUAUUAGGAUUGGAUGGAGCAGGUAUUGUGGUGGCAAAGGGAGAGGACGCUACUACUUACAAUAUAGGAGACGAGGUCUUCUUUGUAGGAGACGUGAGAAGCAAGAGUGGCACGAACGCUCAAUAUGUGGCUUUGGACGAAGUUCUUUUGGGACCGAAACCGAAAAAACUGACGUUUGAGCAGGCAGCUGCCAUGCCUCUCACUUCACAUACCGCAUUUGUUUGCAUCUACGAUUUUUUGCAAAUAACACAACAAGAUAAAGGUAAAGCUAUCCUGAUCAUCAAUAGCGCUGGAGGCGUUGGAUCUGUAGCCACUCAAGCAGCUAAGAUUUUGGGUCUUAAUGUUAUUGGAACAGCAUCGCGCGCUGAGAGUAAAGAGUUUACGCGAAAGUACGGUACCGAUAUUGUUUUGGAUCACACCAAGGAUCUGGAAACGCAAUUGGAGUCUGCAGGGUAUGGGACUGGAGUUGAUUAUAUUUUGGUAAAUUAUGAUCCUGUUCCUUACUGGGAUACUCUACCCAAACUUAUUAAGCCCGAAGGUCGAAUUUGCCUUAUCACAGAAGCCAGUGCUCCAGUUGACAUUAAAAUCUUGAAGGAUAAAAGCCUGACAUUGGUCCAUGAAACGAUGUUUACAAGAAUGAAGUACAAUACUGACAAGAUGUACAGAUAUUCUGAAAUACUGAAAACAGUAUCAACAUUGAUUGAUGAAGGCAAGUUACACUGUACACUUACUAAGACGAUGUCGCCGAUAAAUGCUGCAAACUUAAGAGAAGCACAUAGGAUCAUUGAAGAAAAGAAAAUGGUGGGAAAACUAGUCUUAUCUGGAUUUUAAAUACCAAUUUAUAUAAACAUCAGUUGUUGCAGCCUAAUUUUUAGGACAUGGUUUUUUAAUCUUGUUGAGAUUAAGUAAUUUUAAAUAAAGAAUGCAUUUCCAGUAUCAAA